UAGCUUGAAAAUAAGCAACAUAUAGCGCUUGACCGGCUUGCUUUUUAAAUGGUUAAUAUGACAUUAGACGCUCUUUAACUACUUUGUGUGUUUUGUUGCUAAUGCUAGUUAGCAAACCAUAGCGCGCAGUUAGCGCUGUGUGUUGUACGGUUGCUUGCUUCUCCGUCGUCAGAAUAAUUUGCACAACCUGAAAUUUAAAACUGCACAGAGUUGGCAGCGAAAUGGCAUCAAUCGCAGCGGCGCAUGAGCCAGGCAUCAACCCGAGCUCUGUAGCGUUGGCCGACGCCUUGCUCCCGGCGAGUAUAUUUGCUCCAGACCGCGGUGGAUGCGGAGAAGACGCCGGAGACGAGUUCUUCGAUGAGGGGGACGUGAUCAACGGCGAGCCCGAGGAUCGUGGUAUUGACUUCAGUAGCAAGUUGGCACUUGUUAGCCCAAAUGGAGAGCAGUAUGACUCGUUACUUCGACAGCUUCGAGACAGGAUGGAGGAGGGUUCUGGAGAGACCAUCUAUGUUGUUGGAAUGGGUUCUGAUGGUGGUGACUGGGGUCUGGAUGAGAAAGAUAUGGAGGCCUCAAUAGCCACAGUGCGCUCUAUGUGUGAGCAGCUGGACACUGACCUCAUUCCUCUGAGAGAGCGCAGUGAGGCCGCCGGGUUGGUUCGUGACUUCCUGAUCCGGAGGCGAGUGGGUGAGCUCGACUUCCUAGAAGUCAGGGUUGCAGUGGUGGGGAACGUGGACGCUGGCAAGAGUACACUGCUGGGAGUGUUGACACAUGGGGAGCUGGACAAUGGCCGCGGUUUUGCCCGGCAGAAACUAUUCAGGCACAAGCAUGAGAUGGAGAGCGGCAGGACCAGCAGCGUGGGCAACGACAUCCUGGGGUUUGACCAGGAGGGACAGGUAGUGAACAAGCCCGACAGCCACGGAGGCAGUUUGGACUGGACCAAAAUCUGUGAGAAGUCGUCCAAAGUCAUUACUUUCAUCGACUUGGCCGGCCACGAGAAAUACCUCAAGACCACCGUGUUUGGGAUGACAGGACAUCUUCCAGACUUCUGCAUGCUCAUGGUGGGCAGUAAUGCAGGCAUUGUGGGGAUGACCAAAGAGCACCUGGGCUUGGCUUUAGCUCUAAAUGUGCCUGUUUUUGUAGUGGUAACCAAGAUAGACAUGUGUCCAGCCAACAUUUUACAAGAGACUUUGAAGUUGCUUCAAAGGUUACUGAAGUCUCCAGGCUGCAGAAAGAUUCCUGUCUUGGUGCAGAACAAGGAUGACGUCAUAGUUGCAGCUUCCAACUUCAGUUCAGAGAGAAUGUGUCCCAUUUUUCAGAUCUCCAAUGUGACAGGGGAGAACAUGGACCUGCUAAAAAUGUUCCUGAACCUGCUCUCCUCCCGGACGUCCUACAGGGACGAUCAGCCCGCCGAGUUUCAGAUAGACGACACCUACUCCGUACCGGGAGUGGGAACUGUAGUGUCAGGGACUACUUUACGUGGACUCAUUCGUCUGAACGACACCAUGCUGCUUGGUCCAGAUCCUCUUGGUAGCUUCAUCCCCAUUGCUGUGAAAUCAAUCCAUCGCAAAAGGAUGCCUGUUAAGGAGGUUCGAGGAGGCCAGACUGCCUCGUUUGCUCUCAAAAAGAUAAAGCGCUCCACCAUAAGGAAAGGCAUGGUGAUGGUGUCCCCAAAGUUAAACCCUCAGGCAACUUGGGAGUUUGAGGCUGAAAUCCUUGUACUGCAUCAUCCCACUACGAUAUCCCCCAGAUAUCAGGCCAUGGUCCACUGCGGCAGUAUAAGACAGACAGCCACCAUCUUGUCCAUGAGCAGAGACUGCUUACGGACAGGGGACAAAGCUACCGUUCAUUUCCGCUUCAUCAAAACCCCUGAGUAUCUGCACUGUGACCAGAGGCUGGUGUUCCGGGAGGGCCGCACCAAAGCUGUAGGGACCAUCACUAAGCUGCUACACUCCACCAAUAAUUUACCAUCCAACUCCAAGCCCCCACAAAUCAAAAUGCAGUCCACAAAAAAGACGCCGCUCCGAAAAGAGGAUGGUACCUUGGCAGCYGGUGAGGACGCAGCAACAAUAGCACAGCCAGCGGGUCCAAACACAUCACAACUGGGAGAGGGAGAUGAUGACCCUCAAAUAAAGGAGGGCAACAAAGAAAACAAGCCAAAGUCUGGAGGUGGUGGAAGGAGAAGAGGYGGCCAGAGGCACAAAGGAAAAGGCCAAAACAGCACUGCCAACUCGAUAGCAGCACCUUCAACAGGAACAGGAAACAGUUAAAUAAAUCAUCAUUUUCAUGCAAACGUCACUCGCUUUCAUUCUACAAACAAUGAAAAACUAUGGAAGAUAGAUGUGUUAAGAGCAAGAACGUUCUAUUCCUUGUUAUUCCUUGCCUUUUUACACAAGUGKUUUUUUUUUGUUUGUUUUUAUGGGAAACACUUCAAACAAAAAGCAGACAUUUAUGCAUUUUAAUGUCAACUGCCUUUGGAAUAGUUGUAACAGUUUGGGUUUAGAGUAGUGUGGUUUUUUUUUAAGUUAGCCUCACUCAACAGRUUUAAUUUAUCUAACUGAAAGACUGAUAUGAGCAGCUAUAAUCUAAAUUUCCUCAURCAUUCCCUGUGAACUUCCAGUUACAGUUCUAUUUAUAUUGUAAUUUAGCUGUUGUGUUAACCGGAAGGAUGACAUUGUGCAAAAUGUAUGCAAGUCAGAAAUGAAUGUAGCAGGGGGCAUCGAGAACUCAAAAACUAGCUAGAAAAAUUAAGCUAUGGCAUUAUUUUACCCGUCAGUUAUUUAUUUAGCAGAAUAUUUACUCUUGGAUGGUUGGACUCUUUCGAAUCUCACUUGCGCUCUUAGACUUAGUAUCUAUCAUGCUACCAUUGUCAGUUCAUGUUCAAAUCUUGUCCCAGUAGAGUUCAUACAAGCAAAAAAAAAAAAAAAAAAAAGGGAAAAAAAAACCUUCUCACUGCAGCAGUUCAUAUAUUGCAGUACUUGUGACUCUAGUACCCUAUUUGUUAUGGCCUGUUGGUGUUUCUAUGUGGCAUUUUAAAACACUCUGCUGCAAAGAGGACCACAAAUAAAUACUUUAACAAAGCA